CUAUCAACGAAAUUACCCUCAGUUUUUAGGUUACCUGUCAAAAUUGUAUUUAAAAAUUGUAAAUAUUCACCUUGGCUUGGACAAGUUAAAAUUUUUGCCGAGAUAGCCAUUUUGAAAGACUUUUGAAAAUGUUGGAGCGGCGUCGUAGAUCCCAGUUAAGACUGGAACCCCUUGUUCCUAUUCGAACAGGGACUACCACGAUGCGAAGGACUCGUCGAGUGUGCGUUAAUAUCGAAGCGAAUGGCUCCGGGCCUCUUAGAUCUCGAAGAAGACGAAGAAGGGAACUACUUAAUCCAUACUUUAUGACCUAUCCUCCGAUUUAUGACCCAAUGCAACUGGGACAUCAAUGGGGCUUUGAUUUCUGCCCUAAUGAAUUGCCCAACAGUUAUGGGAGUUUAUUUGAUUCGUCUAACCGCUUAAUUGCGGGAGAUCAAUAUGAAUAUGAUUCGGCUGGAUUUCUUCCGCCGAAAGAAACGAACAAUACUGUUCAUGACCUUAAAGAUAUUUUGAUGGGGUUGGAUAGUCAUUUGCAAGCGGAAAAGGUCAAUCUGUUGGGGCAUGAUCAGGAAAGGCAAAAUUCCAGUGAAAACCAUGAAGACCAGAAUCCAAAUGCCCAGGGAUGCCAGCUCACAGUACUAACCGAUAUAAUUUGUGGAACUAUUGACAGGUUAAACAACUAUUUAGACAAUCAGUCCAAGCAACAGGAAUUGCCCUCUGCUCUAAAUCAAAUAAACCCGUGGAGAGGAAGAGCGCCACCUGUCCAGGUCUUUCAGCUACCUGUGCAACCGCUAAUUCUACAAUCUAUGCCUCCCUAUCCAUCUUGUGAUUAUUAUCCACCAUGUGAUUCCUGUUUCCAAAAAAAGUCCCAUCUUCAACGCUUGCCUUGGUUAAAGGAGAGAAAACGUAAACGUCCAUCUAAACCCGCUGCCUAUAUACAUCUGCAAAAUCAGGGAAGCAGUACUAAUGAUUUGGAAAUAUCGCCAAAGAUCUUAGAGGCCUCAAAUUCGCCAGAGAGAAGCAGGAAGUUCUCAGUUUCCAUGGAAUCCCCCAGUCAAAACAUGAAGGAUGCUGGCACAACCAUGUGGUGUUCUAUGGAAUGUUGUAGGGAAUGUUGCGAAUCGGUCAGAGGUCAGGAUAACUAUCCUGCUAUGCAGAAAACUCCUCCAGAGGCUUUAGCGUUUCCAUUUUCACGUAUACGAACUGAUGUGUUUCCGCCCCCGUGUAUCAAGGCUCCACCACCAAGUAUUAUAUCAGAGGACGAACUGAACGAUUCCGAAAAGAUUUAUCAUCCGAGGGGUGAACCCGUUUACCUGCUUGGCUCUCCUCAAACAUCUAGUUAUAGCUCCAGCUGCGAUUAUCGUCACGAAGGUGGGAAUUUGACAUACUCCUAUAUAGAAGAGGAGGAGGAGGAGGAGCAUAUGGAUGGGGAUGACUGGUAUCAAAGCGCUAGCGAUAAAUUAGCUCAGUUAGAAGUGGAGCAGGACUACUUCAAGCAAAUGAAUAAGCAAAGCGAAAUGACCACUGAAUAUCAAACACUUCAAACUGAUAUGGAGAGCAUCAGUGAAAAUAGUUUCAUUAACGUAAUAGCCACUACCGAUGAGGCACUUAGCACCACGGAACUAAAUACGCAAAAUACCCGAGAACCAAUGAAAAUUGAAAGGAUUUGCAAGAAGUCCUCUUUAAAACAGCGAGACAGGCUUAUAAAUGGGAGCCAAAAGGGAAAUAAAGUAAAGUUUGAAAAAAUGCAACACACGGAAGGUGUACAAGCUCAGCCAGAAAUUAGAACCAUUGGGACCGAUCCGAUGGGAAAAGAGUCCUUUACCACAGUUCCCAAGGCUUUCUCACAUACAUAGCAAAGGGCGGGGUCUCGGAUUAAGACAUUGGGGUGAUGACAACUAGAUUA